AACCAAAAUGUAACAAAAACUGGAGACUGCUUCCAUUCUCAAUCACAUACCUUUUUAAUGCGCAAAGUCAACAAAGCAUAAACGCAGGGUAUUUUCAUUCUUACAUGAAGCGGUGAUUGUGUGAAUGUUAUAUCGGUGUUUUUCAGUGGAUUAGCAUCAAAACUGUAAUCUUGCUGACAUGAACCCAGCCGAGAAUGGAAGCAAAGAGCCCGAGCCUGAGGAGAGCGUCCCGUCAGUGGAGUCCGACAUCCCGGAGGAGAGGAUUGCUGCACGCCGCCUCCGGAUAGCAGCCAGAAUCGAGGCCAAAAAACGUGAGGCGCUGGGGGUUGAUCCCAAUCCUAAGAAGGAAGUAAAGCAGGAGCUUAAAAGUGAAAAGCAAGUGGAGCAGAGCAGGCAGAGAUUGACUAAACUCAAGAGUGAUGGGACAGAGUUGGUCACAAACAUCCAGGUUGCGGCAGACUCAAGAGAGUCCCAGAGGAGAACUGAUGAAGCAGAGGCAAGGAGGCAGAGAACAGAGAGGCUGGAGAGUGAAGCCAAGAUGAGUCUGGAGAAGUUUGAGGACAUCACAAAAAAGUGGACGAUGGCCAGGUCAAGGGAGCUCCCUCAGGACUUGUGGGAGAUUCUCAACAUGCAGCAGCAGCAGUGCGCUCUCCUCAUUGAGGACAAGAACAAGCUCAUCAAUGACUUGCAGCAGGAGCUGAAAGCGAGUGAUGAUCGCUAUGUAAAAGACUUGAAGAAGCAAGCUGAAGAUAUCGACCUGAUGAUUGAGAGAAUGGAGGAGCAAAUAAAGAACCUAAUGAAAUCCUACCGCGAAGAACUAAACCAGAUUGAGAAAUCCUUUGAGCUAGAGCGCAGGGAGUUGCUGGACAGUAACCAUAAUAAAUGGGAGCAAAUGAUGCAAUGUCGCCGGGAUAAAGAGCUGCAGUUUCUGAUGAUGAGGAUGAAGCGAGUGGAAGAACAGGAGCGGCAGCUACAGCAGCUGAGAGUGCAGGAUGCAGAGGAAUACAACAUGAUCAAGAUCAAGCUGGAGACUGACGUGCAGAUUCUGGAGCAGCAGCUACAACAGAUGAAAGCCACCUAUCAGCUGAACCAGGAGAAGCUGGAAUAUAACUUCCAGGUGCUGAAAAAACGAGAUGAGGAGAACACUAUCACCAAGUCCCAGCAGAAGAGAAAAAUCACCAGGCUGCAGGAUAUUUUAAAUAAUGUCCGGAUUAAACAUACCAAGCAGGAUAAGCAGUUCAGGGAGGAAAACCACGGACUAACUGAGGACUACAAGAGGAUUAUGGAGCAGUACAAAGAGAUGCAGAAGAAAAUGAAGCAUUUUGCUAAUGUUGAUGCUAAGAAGUUCCAGGAGAUCUGGCUGAUGAACGAGGAGGAGGUGAAGGAGCUGGUUCAGAGAGCUUUGGAGACAGACCGCAUCAUUCAUGAGCAGCAGCUGGGCCUGGCCUGGGAGAAACCUCACCUCCCUUUCAUGGAGCGCUCCGGACCCAUCGUCCCGGAGCACGAAAAGAAGAAACUGGCACUGCAGCUUGCAGAGGAGGUGAUCAGAUCAAAAGGAAACACGGAUGCAGAUGAAGAGUGGGAAGCAGUGUGUGUGCCGGGCACCCAAAAUGACUCGCCUCCUUUCCAGGAACAGGACAGAUUGGACACUGAUAAUACAGAGAGCUCAGCUGACCAGCCCUUAAAGAUCUCAGUGAAAACUAUCAAAAGACUCCUGGAGAUCCUGUGUGAUGAAACAGGCUUCUUGAUUGAAAGUAAGCUGCUCAAGUUGCUUUCCCCGCUGGAGAAAGAUGAGCAGUCCCUCAUGAAGCUGGAUGCCAUAUUCAUGGCACUGGGAAUUGAGAAUGAAGAGGAUGUGUACAAGCUGGCUGAUUUCUUUAUCAAAUAUAGAGAGCAGCAGACUGUAGACAGCAAGGGUGCAGAUGAAGACGAGUCUCCAGGAAAGAGAGAGAGUCAUGCUCAGAAAGAGACUGGAGACGGCUCCUCACACAGAUCCUCAUCCUCUGAUCUCAUUCACCCCAACGAUGUCCUGCAGGCCCUCCGAGGUUUUACAAAAGAGCACUUCAAACCCAGGGACAAGUCUCACCAGCAGUCCAAGCUUUUUAACUUGAAUGAAAGAGACGACUCAAAAGAUGCUGCUUACUGGGAGGACAUGGUCAAUGUGAUCCCAGAGGCCAAGCUAAAGGUGUGGGAUGCCCUAUAUAAUGCUUUGGAGAAGUAUCACCAUGUACUGACUGAGAGGAUGAAGCUUAUCAAUGAAACGAAUGGCAUGAAACAGCAGAACUCUGAGCUCAGAAUGUUACUGCAUCAGUAUGUGAACUCCAGGGUAAAUGCUGAAUUAGAGAUUCCACCAACACAAGUAAUGCAGGUUGAGUCUUCUUGGAACUAGAAACUUGCCUAAUUAUAAAGAGACACACUUUGUUAUGCUAAGUUUAUUGAGAGUGUUCGUAAUCCUUGGUGGGGAGGGGGGGACUUUGUGGUUUUAUGUACAUAACAUUUGAAUGUCACAUGUAUCUCAAAUAUAUUUUGUAUCCCAUUCAUACAUUUAAUAAACUCUAUAAGGUUAGAUUUUUUGCAAGUGCUUGAAGUAAUCUCCACUGAAAAUGCACUUUUACUGUUAAAAGUAUGUUAUUUUAUGUAAAAUAGGAUAUAAUUUGGCACAGUUUUCUUGCUGUUUUUUGUGCAACAAAAUCCCAUCAAUUAGAUAGCAAAACAACCAAAGCCUGACUUUCAUUGAUGAUGUUUCAACAGCGCCCCUACUGCAGUUGGUACCUCCAGGUUUAUGUUAUACACUGAUACCCUCGGUUUUUUUAUUCAGUUUUAAUGGCUUACCAAAAACGUUUUUGUAGGGACAUUCAUUGUCGCACUCUCAACAUUUUUUUCUUCAAAAGGAUUCAAUGCGCAACUCCUUCUGGUUUAUAUUCAUCAAAAUAUUCUUUACAUGGAUCUAAAACAAACAAUGCGUUUCGACACCUAACGUGUCUUCAUCAGGUUCACAUUAAUUGUGAAUUAGAGGGUGGCUUUACAUUUAUACCAAUCAAUUUAACAAUUAGUUAAAUAUCUCAUAUGUGUCUCAAUUAGAUAAUGAGAUCAUUUGUAUUUAUUGAUUCAUAUCAUGAUUGGUCUUGGCAUAUUGUAUCCGACGGUCAACUCUGUCUUAGAGAACACUUUGGCUACAGUCAAACCCGCUUAAUAAUAAUAAUAAUAAUAAUAAUAAUAAUAAUAAUAAUAAUAAUAAUAAAAUUAUUUAUUUAUGUAUUAGCAGAUGGCCUUAUCCAGGGCGACUUAUAAUUGUGUACUAAUUAAUAGUACUUCAAAGAGACCAAGCAUAAAUUAUGACAAUAAGCAGAGUGAGAUUGUCAGGAGUUCAUCUAUAACUAGGGUUAGCAGAUUUCCAGAGUGAAAAACUGGGACGAUUUUUCUUCUUCAAUUCACUGACGCUGUAGCAACCCUGAAGCCAUGAAAAUAACAGCAUAUAAUAACACAUUCAUAAUUUUAAAAAAUAAACAUUGGGUGUAUUUAUUGCAUAUCAUAACAACUAAUUGCUUUCUUUCUAUUUUCAUCUAAUCAAAACAUGUUAGAUGUACAAAAAGCCAGACUUGAAAAGAUAGAUCAGCUAUACUAUUUAAACAUGUGAUUUACACAUAAUUAUUACAAAAAGUAAUCCAGAAGAUUUUUUAUUUUAUUUUUGAAUGGUGCUAACACAACCUAAUACUCUGCUGUUAACCUGCUGAACACACUGAUAGUUUUGUGAAUACAAUAGCAAAACCGGGAUAAUUUAACAAUUUUACUGUUUCUGACCGAUCUCCAGGAGUCAAGCUCGGUGAUCAUAAGGCUGUUGAGUACAGAAUGUGUCAAAAUACAUUAUAGUUGAUGCAUUUUUAAGUGAUAUUAAUUGGGGUGGAAAUCACUGUUCAAUGACUUUCACAUUUUCUUGAUAUUAAGCGGAGUGUGACAGAGUGAUAUUAUCAGAGGUUUGUUUCCAUUGACUCCCAUUAUACAUUUCAAUUUGAUGAUAAUAAGUGUGACAUUAACUGAAGUGACAUUAAGGAGGUUUGAUUGUAUAUGUAAUUGGUAUUUUACAAAUGAACCAUCAAAAUGUAAGCUUCAGAGUGAUAUCAUCAACAAAUCAGAUGUGGUACCUAUACUCUUAUCUCCUGCGAGGGGGGAUUGGGGUGUUUUGUAUCCAAAUGUCCUCUUGUGGUCGAAUAUAUAGAUUAAUUGUGAUUGAGAUUCAUAUGAGUGCUACAGUAAUCUGUCACGUAUCCACCCUAACCGUUUAUCCACCAUGAUCAACCUCUUCAACAACGUUAGUUUAUUAUUGAACAGAGAGAUUGUAGAGCCUACCUAAGUUUUCGUACACUGUGUUUGUAUGUGCUCCGUGCGCUGCCAUUGCUGGUAGUGUCACGUGAGCUGUUCAGUGUGUUGAUAUGUAAAUACAUCCUGUUUGCCUGCGGGGUGUAUGAACUUCACCCUCCGUCUCGAUCUCCUGCCUGUCACUCAGCAGCGAAUGAACGCACCCACAUGGCAGACGGCUAACCUGUCACAAACAAUAAUACCCUGCAUCUUUAGGGGAGCUCCCUAAUAAAAGCUGAAUCUCAAAACAAUAAUUGUGUGAAUAUAGCAACUGUUACAGCUGUGUAUAAUGGUUUUUAAAACAGGAUUCAUUCACUCGACUUUUUACAUAUCCGUAAGUCCACACAGCCAUAAGAAGGCUGUGUGGUCCAGUGGUUAAAGAAAAGGGCUUGUAACCAGGAGGUCCCCGGUUCCAAUCUCUCCUCAGCCACUGACUCAUUGUGUGACCCUGAGCAUGUCACUUAACCUCCUUGUGCUCCGUCUUUCGGGUGAGACGUAUUUGUAAGUGACUCUGCAGCUGAUGCGUAGGUCACACACUCUAGUCUCUGUAAGUCGCCUUGGAUAAAGGCAUCUGCUAAAUAAACAAAUAAGACAGAUAUGCGACGGAUUAGUGUACUUUAAAAUGUCAAAAUGCAACAUUGUUAACUAGUUUUGAUUUUAGUUAGGCCUCGCCUCAAAAAAACAAAUAGACACUCAGCCAGCCCACACUAAGAACAUUUCAAC